AUGAAGAGAGCAGUUACACUUCGGGCGAGAAGCCAAAUAGCGGAAAAGGAACUUAAAGUACAAGAUGCAGCGUUUUUCCAAACGUUUUAUUUUGUUCUAGGCAUUGAAGAAACUGUUAAACUUGUCCGGGCGGCAGGAGGUACGUGUUAUGGCUACGUUUGCGACUUGUGCGAUCGGGCAGACAUAUAUAAAAAGGCUAAAAUUAUUAGGGAAGAAAUUGGCAAGGUGACGAUUCUUAUCAACAAUGCGGGCAUUGUCACGGGAAUGAAGUUUCUGGAUACUCCGGACAAACUUAUCAUUAGGACGAUGGAUGUUAAUGUCAUGAGCCACUUUUGGACUGUAAAGGCUUUUCUUCCAACGAUGUUGGAGGGCAAUAAAGGACAUAUUGUGAGUGUGGCCAGUUUAGCCGGUCAAUGCGGAAUUCCGAAAUUGGUAGACUAUUGUGCGUCCAAGUUUGCAGCAGUCGGAUUUGAUGAAGCCCUUCGAAUGGAACUUGAGUACGAAGGAUACGAUAUCAAUACCACAGUUGUGUGUCCUUAUUUCAUUCGCAGUACCGGCAUGUUCGAAGAUGUUCAAUCAAGAUACAUCCCGACUCUAAGUCCAAAUGCUGUAGCCGAUAGAAUAAUAACGGCAAUGAGAUGUAAUGAGAAAUAUGCCAUCAUUCCAGGCUACUUGCAAAUUCUACUUAGUUUAAGGUGGAUAUUCCCGUGGCCAUGUGUCGCAAUGUUUCUCCGUGGAUUGGUCAGAGACGCUUCACCGGACCAUGAAAAUAACAAGUCGUAUGCUGUUGAGGCUACGCCUGUUGCAGAAGAGGAAUGUACCAUACCGCCAUCAAAGGAUCAAAACGGCGGCGCCAUCCAUCAACAAUUAACUAGACGUAUCUCCAGCUCCGAAAGAAAGCCUUAAAUUUUCUUGUUCCGUCUUGGUUUGUAAGACCGAUUUAGAAUGUAUUUUGUCUCUUUCUAUUAUCUUCGCCUUGCGACCAGUACUGGCUCUUAUUAUUAUAGUCAUUCAAUAUAUGUUUCGGAUCUUUUACAUGAAAAAUUAUUUCGUUGGAUGGAAAAUAUAGAGCGUGAAAUAUA